GACGCGACGAAGGCGGGGCGGCGCCAUGACGUCACGCCCCAUGUUUGCGCCGCCUUCGCCGCUCCUGUUAGCUGCUGGCUAAGCGGCCCCAAGUGGACUCCAUUCAAGCGGACUUCCAGGUCGUAGUUGCGAGAGAAGCUGGGCGGGAGCCCCCCCCCCCCCUCCCGCAGCUAGUGUCCACUCGCUAGCCUGCGAGCCAAGUUUGCCGCGGAGACUUGUGGUCCGUCUGGCCGGUCGACAUGGCGACGGACGUGAGCUCGCCGCCGCAGCGCUUCUUCCACAUGCCGCGCUUCCAGCACCAGGCGCCGCGCCAGGUCUUCUAUAAGCGGCCUGACUUCGCUCAGCAGCAGGCCAUGCAACAGCUCACCUUCGACGGCAAGCGCAUGAGGAAGGCCGUCAACCGCAAGACCAUCGACUACAACCCUUCCGUCAUCAGAUACCUUCAGAAUCGUCAGUGGCAACGAGACCAUCGCGACCUGCGAGCCAUCCAGCCCGACGCUGGAUGCUACAAUGACUUAGUACCUCCGAUCGGGAUGCUGAACAACCCCAUGAAUGCCGUCACCACCAAGUUUGUGCGCACGUCCACCAACAAAGUCAAAUGUCCCGUCUUUGUUAUCCGGUGGACUCCUGAGGGGCGUCGGCUGGUGACGGGAGCGUCAAGCGGCGAGUUCACACUGUGGAACGGACUGACGUUCAACUUUGAGACCAUUUUACAGGCCCACGACAGUCCGGUGCGCGCCAUGACGUGGUCUCACAACGACAUGUGGAUGCUAACGGCGGACCACGGCGGCUACGUCAAGUACUGGCAGUCCAACAUGAACAACGUGAAGAUGUUCCAGGCGCACAAGGAGGCCGUGAGAGAAGCCAGUUUCUCUCCCACUGAUAGUAAGUUCGCCACCUGCUCAGAUGACGGCACCGUUCGGAUUUGGGACUUCCAGCGCUGCCAUGAGGAGCGCAUCCUUCGAGGUCACGGUGCCGAUGUGAAGUGCGUGGACUGGCACCCCACUAAAGGUCUGGUGGUGUCCGGCAGCAAAGACAGUCAGCAGCCCAUCAAAUUCUGGGACCCCAAGACCGGACAGAGUCUAGCAACCCUACACGCCCACAAGAACACAGUGAUGGAGGUGAAGUGGAACACCAACGGCAACUGGCUGCUGACAGCGUCGCGCGACCACCUGUGCAAACUCUUCGACAUCCGCAACCUGAAGGAGGAGCUGCAGGUUUUCCGAGGACACAAAAAGGAAGCCACAGCGGUGGCCUGGCAUCCCAUCCACGAAGGGCUGUUUGCCAGCGGAGGCUCCGAUGGUUCUUUGCUCUUCUGGAACGCUGGGGUGGAGAAGGAAGUUGGAGGCAUGGAGAUGGCUCACGAGGGAAUGAUCUGGAGUUUGGCCUGGCACCCGCUGGGUCACAUCCUCUGCUCAGGCUCCAACGACCACACCAGUAAAUUCUGGACCAGGAAUCGUCCCGGCGACAAAAUGAGGGACCGCUACAACCUCAACCUUCUACCUGGAAUGUCGGAGGACGGCGUGGAGUACGACGACAUGGAGCCGAAUAGCAUGGCGGCCAUCCCCGGAAUGGGCAUUCCCGAGCAGCUGAAGGUCGCCAUGGAGCAGGAACAGACUCAUAAGGAGGCCGGGCCUGAGGAGAUGUCCAUCCCGGGCCUGGACUGGGGCAUGGACGAGGUGAUGGGCAAGGACAACAAGAAGGUCCCCCAAAAGAAGGUCCCCUACGCCAAACCCAUCCCAGCACAGUUCCAACAGGCCUGGGCGGAGAAUAAAGUUCCCACGAUGCCGCCUUCUGGCGACGGCCCCAAAGAGCGCAAGGCGGAGCCCAAAGUGGACGGCAAGAAGAAAAGUCAGGUGGAGCUGGAGCAGGAAAUGGCGGCGCUGCAAUACACCAACCCCAAGCUGCUGGAGCAGCAGAUGAAAAUGGAGCGCAUGAACCAGAAGAGCUCAGACGGCCCCCAGCAGGGACCGGGCCCGAUGCCCCCCUUCUCAGGCUCUGCCGGACAGCAGAACUUUCCUCCCCCCCAGUCCAACAGCAUGGGCCCCCCACCCAUGGGGCCUUCUUUCAUGCCCCCCACCCAGAUGGGCCCUUCCUCUGGGCACGGGCAGGGCAUGAUGGGCGGCCCGCCGGACAUUCAGAGACACCCGGCCCCCCUCAGGAACAUUGGUGCUCAGGGACCUCACAACAUGGGGCCCGGACCCAGAGGAAUGCCGGGUCCGCACGGGGGGAUGAUAGGGCCCCCCUCCAGAGCGAUGGGGCCCCGGGCCCCACAGGGGCCCCCGCCUCAGGGGGGCAUGAUGCCGCCUCAAGGAAACAUGAUGGGACCUCAAGGGGGCAUGAUGGGGCCCCCGCCCAGGACGCAUAAUAAUAGCUUUGGGAUGGGGGGGAUGCACGGGCCUCCGGGGAACAUGCAGGGGCCCCCCUACAUGCAGCACCAGGCUCAGACCCCGGGGCCCCCUGUACAUGGCAGGGCCCAGCAAGGCCCCAACAACAAAGACCCCCGGGGGCCAGCCCCCAACCACCACAUGGGCCCUCCGGACCGCCAAGGCCCGGGGGGGCACGAGCACUACUGGGGGGACAACCCGCACAAACCGCAGGAUGGGGGCCAGGACUUCCACGGCCGUGGGGAGGAGGCCUGGAGACCAGCGCCCGCCUUUCCGGGGGGGGCGGGUCACCGGGUCGGGGGAGGUCCCCCCCGAGGAGGCGGCGCGGCCGGCGCGGCCAACUGGGGUCCCGAAGACAGGCCGCCCCGAGACUCGGGGGGAGAGUUCAGAGGGCGGCGAGACGACAGGUUCCGAGGAGGCCCGGGGCGGCCGGGAGGUCGAGGCUACCCUGAAGAUUAUGCGGGCCAGGAGGAGGCCUAUGACGGCCCCGAUGAUGUGAGGGGCUGGGACGCCGGGGUCAGGGGCAGGCCACGUGGCGGGGUACCCCCCAGAGGAGGUCACGACGGCUACCGCGACGGACCCCCCCUCCACGACGGGACGUCCUCGGCGGGCCGCGAGCGCUCGCUGUCCUUGCAGGGGAUGGACAUGGCGUCCUUGCCGCCGCGGAAACGACCCUGGCAGGAUGGCCCGGGAACCGCCGACCACCGAGAACGAGACGCGCCGGGCGCAGACGCAGGUCGACCUCCUCAGCGCGACGACGGCGUCUACGGUCCGCCCGCGCGCGGCGCGCGGGGCGGCUGGGGUCCUGGCCUCAGGAGAGGGGGCCCCCCCGUGCGGGGCGCGCCGAGGGGCGGGGGCCGAGGCCGCUAGUCGUGGCGUGAGACGACGCCACGACGUCAGCCGCCGAUCUUCAUUGAUUUGUUUUUGAUUUUCUUUUUUUUUUUUUUUUUUUGUAAAAAAUUUCUAUGUUUUGUCUUUUGACUGACUGGACAAUAAACCCUCACACGGAA